GGGCACAAUGGAUGGUAUCCUUGAUACAGUAUUCGCAGAUCAUUCUCUCUUGCCGUUGCUUGGUCUGUUGAAGUCUCAUGGAAAGCUCAUCAUGCUUGCCGCAUCGAACAAGCCCCUGGAUCUGCCUGCCUUUCCUCUGCUUAUGGGAAGGAAGUUGGUGGGUGGAAGUACCAUUGGAGGGUUGAAGGAGACACAAGAAAUGAUUGAUUUUGCAGCUAAACACAACAUAACAGCAGAUAUUGAGGUCAUUUCGAUGGACUAUGUGAACACUGCAAUGGAACGUCUAGAAAAAGUUGAUGUCAAAUACCGGUUUGUCAUUGACGUUGCCAACACUUUGAAAGCUGCCUAGUUUGCCAAUGUAGCUCCUAGACGUUGUCUUCUUUUGAUACUAUCAUUAAUAUGUAGUUUGCCAAUGUAGCUCUUGAACGCUGGCUUCUCUUUUGAUACUGUCAUUAAUAUGUAGUUUGCCAAUGUAGCUCCAAAACAUUGACUUCUUUUGAUACUGCCAUUAAUACUGUCAAAGAGAAAUUAAGGUACUUGUAUUAUCUAUCUUCUAUCGCUGGUGUCACAGCAUGUGACAUCUCAGUUUGAAUACAUAAAUACAAGUUUUGAUGGUAAAAGUUUAUAACCUUGGAAA